CAUCCCCACCAGCCUGGCAGUUUGUUCCAUCGUUCCCGGGGACCGCUCCGUGUUCCGGCAUGAGUGUACGCCAUUGAAGUUUGAACUCUGCCUGGUCAGCAGGGAGUCACAGAGGAGGAAGAAUGGAUGCAGGAUUGCUGACAACUUGGUCACAGGACUUGGUGACCUUUGAGGAAGUGGCAGUGGACUUCUCCCCAGAGGAGUGGGCACUACUGGGCCUUGCUCAGAAAAUCCUGUACAGAGAUGUGAUGAUAGAGAACUUGAGGAACGUGGCCUCUGUGGGGUAUCAAAUCUACAAACACAGUCUGGUAACUGAAGUAGAGCACAAAGAGCUGAGGAUGGAGGAGAGAAGAAAUCUCCAAGUUGAGCCAGAUCUCCAAAUCUCCUGUUCAGUUUCAGACUCAGCUACUCAACUUAAACCAAAACAUGCAAUUCCUAUGCAGAAUGUCACUAAGAAAAAGACUUCCAAUGGCAUAAAAAUGGCAAUAACUCACCCUGGUGAGAAACCCUUGGAAUCUGAUCACUGUAGAAAAUUCUUCAGAAAGAACUGUCCCCUUAUUGGUACAAGGUAUUGCAAGGGAGAGAAAUGCUGCAAAUACAAAGAAUAUGGGAAAGACUUUGGCUGUCCCUUAACUUUUCAGAGUCAUGUGAGUACUUGCACCAAAGAGAAAACUUUUGACUUUAAUGAUUAUGGCAAAGCUUUCAAUCAAGACUCCUCCCUCAGGGAGCACUUCAGAACUCUCACUGGAGAGAGACCUUAUGAGUGUGAUCAGUGUCUUGCAUCUCUCAGUUUGCAGCCUUCCUUUUCAGUGCAUGUGCAAAAAACUACUGAAGAGAGAUUCUGUGACUGCAGUGACUAUGAAAAAAGAUCUUCCCACAGCGUGCAUAAAAAAUUGUGUACUGUGGAUGAAGGCUCAAAACAUAACAAACAGGGGAAGGUUUUCACAGGCCCCUGGUCCCUUCAGAAAUAUGUGAGACCUCCCACUGGAGAGAAACCUUUUCAAUGUAGUGACUGUGGGAAAAUCUUCAUUUUUCACUCUUCCCUCCAGAAACAUGUGAGAUCACACACUGGAGAGAAACCUUAUGAGUGUGAUCACUGUGGAAAAUUCUUCAGCCAGAGCUCUCAUCUUAAUGUGCACAGAAGAACACACACUGGAGAGAAACCCUAUGACUGUAAGGAAUGUGGCAAGGCUUUCACUGUGCCCUCAUCCCUGCAAAAACACGUGAGAACCCACACUGGAGAGAAGCCCUAUGAGUGCAGUGACUGUGGAAAGGCCUUUAUUGAUCAGUCAUCCCUUAAGAAACAUCAACGCUCUCACACUGGAGAGAAGCCUUAUGAGUGUAAUCAAUGUGGAAAAUCCUUCAGCACAGGCUCUUACCUUAUUGUGCACAAGAGGACACACACUGGAGAGAAAACCUAUAAGUGUAAAGACUGUGGGAAGGCCUUUAGGAAUUCCUCUUGCCUUCGGGUCCAUGUGAGGACUCACACAGGGGAAAAGCCCUAUAAAUGUGUUCAUUGUGGAAAAGCAUUCAGCACCAGCACUAACCUUAUAAUGCACAAGCGAAUACAUACAGGGCCAAAGCUGCAUGAAUGAAAUGGCCACAGGCUAGCCUUAAGAGGUCCUUCACACCUCACUCCACAGUUUAGAACUCACACUGGAUCGAAACCUUUGGUAACCAGUGUCACUAAAGACAUAUUAUACUAGCCAACUUUGUAAGUGUUAGAGUUCUGUGAUUGUCUUUAUUGGUGAAUGUUUCAUCCUUAAAGUUUGACAACUCAUCAGCUGAUGAGUAUUAAAUGUAGUGUAGCACUCUAAAUUUCCCUUGAUUUACAUCACAAAGGUUUUGAUAGAUAAUGUUUUCAUUGUAACUUAGUACUAAAUAUUGUCUACUUCUCAUCAAAGUGUCUUGGACAUAUAGAUUAUUUAGAAAUGUGUUUUUUAAUGUGCAGACUCUGCCUAUUUUACACAUUUUUUAUUUAAUUGCAUUGUGCACUGAAUAUAUGGUCUUCAUGAUACAGAUUUUAAAUGGCAUAAAUUCAGACAAAAGAUUGUUGGAGAUUUGCUUUGUGGCCUAAUGUGUCAAAUACAAAAGUUGCUAUCCGAAAUCCAUUGCUAUUUAUGACUGCAGUGACUUAUAGUAAGUCACUUUAAGUCACUGCCCUGCCUUCCUUAAAGUAACAAUUACAAUUGUGUUUAAGUUGACAAUGUGGAGAGUUUUUUAAGGACUCAUCUCCUAACUUUCCUUGCAGCUAUGAGUGCCAAUGAGCCCACAGUCCUGUCCAAUAAGAAAUAAUGAGAGGUCACUGCAUGUGGCUUUUAAAGAAAGGGGAGCAUCUCACAUGGCAUUUUCUCUUUAACACUUUUCCUUUAUCUUAUCUCUUCUUCUUCCUCAGAAAAGAAACCAAAAGGAUGACAGUCAUAGGCUACCAAUUACACAGCAGGGACAUACAGUAUUAUUUGGCUGUACCAGCCCUGGGUUGCUUAUUUCUGGGCUUCAUGUAACAUAAAAAUAAACUCCAAACUGCUCUAAACGUGUCUUGUAGAAAGGUUCAGUUCUAAGGAAUUUCAGCCUCAAUUGAUAGGUCUCGCAUAUGACCAGGUUUUAUGGAUCUUACAAAUAUGGUUGAAAACAACGUGUAUUCUUUAUCUGUCAGGUAUAAUAGAUUUAUCUCAUGGAUAAAUCUUACUCUGUUUGUUAAAUCUGUAUCAUCACAAAACAUAUCUCCUGGUUAACCAAUGGUCAUUGACACCAAUUAUACCAGUAGGAAUCCCCAAUUCGGGGUACAGUGAAGAAAAACUUUAU